AUGGAUUUAUUAGUACUAAAUAAUCGAUUACAUCCAGCCAAAAAUCUUAAAGUUUAUUGUUCGAAAAUUCCAAAACCAACUAGUGGUUGGCAGAGAGCACAAAGAUAUCAAGAAAACGACGUUGCCUUUAUUAUUUAUACAGGCGCUUCACUGUAUGCAACACGUGCAAAGAGCGUGCGAGAUACAUGGGUAUCUCGCGUGACUAAUUCUUAUUUUCUCGGCUCGAAGCCGUAUCCAAGUCUACCUAUCACAGUUAUAGAAAAUACUGGUGAAGAUUAUCAAUCGAAUACUAAAAAGAUCUUUUAUGGUCUCGAAUUAAUCUAUAGAAAACAGCAAACAAUACAUCCAUCUAAACGACACAAAUGGUAUCUUUUAGUUGGCUGUGAUACUUAUGUAAAUGUACCACAUCUUCUCAAACAACUCGAUCCAUAUAAUUUUACACAGCCAUAUUUUAUUGGAGGUUCAAUUGGUGAAGGAAUAUGCUAUCACAAGAACGGAACUUCUUAUAAUAGUCUAUUUGUUGGUGGCAAUACGGCACAUAUAUUUAGUGCAGCACUUGUUGAAGAAUUGUAUCCUCAUUUAUCCGUUUAUGUUCAAUCGAUUUGGCCUCAACCAAACCACUCGGCCGCCGGAGCAUCUGAUGUUGCCUUGUCUUGUCUUAUCUUCAGCUUAGGAUACAACAUGACUAUAUUACCAGGACUUUGGAGACGCUCGCCUAAUGGAAUCAUUAAAGAGUUUGGAUUAAGAGCAACUUUAAAAGUUAAGGAACCAAGCAGUUGGCAUUACAUACAUCCUGCACAAAUGAUUGAUUUGGACGAAUUUUAUGCAUACCAGUAUGUUGAUCGACUGAAGAACGAUCAAAAUUGGUAUGAAUUAGUAGACUUUAUUCAUCUUUUUAUUGGUACACAUUAUGAAACGUUAAGGAAACAUCAACCAAAUGACACUGAGAAGCUUGUGAGAACAUAUAGAUAA